GGGAGCUCUCUCGCGAGGAAGGACGCCAUUAUCGCAGCCGCUCGACAAACACCACGAGAAUUCGGCACCGCACACGGAUUGCAUGACUUGUAAAAUUACUUAUCUGGGGACCUGCAGUGGUGUUUGACUGGAUAUUGCUGCCUGGUUCUGAAUGAUGUCAGAACACGAUUUGGCAGAUGUUGUUCAGAUUGCUGUUGAAGACUUGGCUCCAGAUAACCCAGUUGUGUUGGAGAAUCAUGAAGUGACAGACGAUGAUGUAGAGCCUGCUCUGAAACGUCAGCGUAUAGAAAUUAACUGCCAGGAUCCCUCUAUUAAGUCAUUCCUGUAUUCCAUUAAUCAGACAAUAUGCCUGCGGUUGGAUAGCAUUGAGGCGAAGUUGCUGGCACUAGAGGCUACCUGUAAAUCACUGGAAGAGAAGUUGGAUCUUGUCAUGAACAAACAGCAUAGCCCCAUCCAAGUCCCCAUGGUGGCAGGUUCUCCUCUUGGCGCUACACAGACGUGCAAUAAAGUACGAUGUGUUGUCCCUCAAACCACAGUAAUACUGAACAACGACCGGCAGAAUUCAAUUGUAGCCAAGAUGGUUGGGCAGGAAGAGCCGUUGAGCAGAGCAGCGGAUUCUCUGGAAAAUAUCCUUAACAAUGCUGUUCCUGGGCGUAGACAGAACACCAUAGUGGUGAAAGUUCCAGGGCAUGACGACAGUCACAAUGAAGAUGGAGAGAGUGGCUCUGAGGCCAGUGACUCGGUUUCCAACAACGGACAAUUAGGAAACCAAAGUAUUGGGAACAAUGUCACGCUUAUUACGCUGAACUCUGAAGAGGAUUACCCCAAUGGGACGUGGCUCGGAGAUGAAAAUAAUCCGGAGAUGAGAGUUCGUUGCCCCAUCACCCCUGCCGACAUGCUGCACAUCAGCACGAACUGCCGCACAGCUGAGAAGAUGGCACUGACACUGCUUGAUUAUCUCUUCCAUCGGGAAAUUCAGGCCAUCUCCAACCUUUCGGGCCAGGGGAAGCAUGGAAAGAAGCAACUGGAUCCUCUCAUGAUUUACGGAAUUCGCUGUCAUCUGUUUUACAAAUUUGGAAUCACAGAAUCUGACUGGUAUCGAAUCAAGCAAAGCAUAGACUCCAAAUGCCGAACAGCUUGGAGGCGGAAACAGCGAGGGCAGAGUCUUGCUGUGAAAAGCUUCUCAAGGCGAACACCAUCAUCAUCAUCGUACAGUGGUUCAGAGGGUUCACAGAGUUCAGUUUCGGCUUCUAAUGAGAUCCAGCAGAACCAGCCACAGGCACUACACUAUGCACUAGCCAAUGCUCAGCAGGUUCAGAUCCACCAAAUAGGAGAAGAUGGACAAGUUCAAGUAAUCCCACAGGGCCAUCUCCACAUAGCCCAGGUUCCUCAAGGCGAGCAAGUCCAAAUCACACAGGACAGUGAGGGAAACCUGCAGAUACAUCAAGUUCAUGUGGGUCAAGACGGGCAGGUGUUGCAGGGCGCUCAGCUGAUCGCUGUUGCUUCUGCUGAGCCUGCGUCGGGGGGUGUUGACGGAUCCCCGCUCCAAGGGAGUGAUAUCCAAGUCCAAUAUGUGCAGCUGACACCGGUGACAGACCACUCUGCGACUAAUCAAGGCACUGACACCCUUCAAUCAGCCAUCCAGCCAGAAAUGCAGAUAGAACAUGGAGCAAUCCAGAUUCAGUAAGAGGAUUGCAAAAAGCUGCGUCAGCCGCGGGGUCAGUGAACCACAGUCAGAAGUUAAGUGCUGCAGUCUCUGUGCAACAACAGGAGAAUGGAAAUGCCCGUUAGACUAACGGUCACACCUCGAACCUCUCCUGCAAACAGCAGAGUUCUGAUGAUCUGGCUGUCCUCACCUGGAAUAAAUCAGACCCACUUACUUAAAUUGGAGCUACAUCACUACAUCAAUUGAGGAUCUGGCCUUCAGAAAAAAAUAAAUGGCCUGCCCUUAGGUACACUUAAAGAGGGAAACAAAUCUAAUGAAUCAAAACCCUGAGACUAAAUUUAUGUUUCAUCCUGUUCAUUUCUUCUGUGAAAUACGCCAUUUGAAUGUCUGCAGAUACCUUAGAAAGUGUAUUGCUGCUUUGCAAUACUUGCUUUACCACAUAUAGAAGAUCAAGAGCUCAAAUAUUUUUCACUGUUUAAACAGCUUUUUUUAUUUGCUAUGGUGUUUAUAACAAAAAAGGAAAAUAUUUAAAAAAAGAAAAAUCCCAUAACUGCAAGUAUUAGCCUUUUGCUGGUGUUUUCUGUUCAGUGUAAUGAAAACUGUAUUUGCAGAAGACUAACAAUUUUGUUUGUACUGUUGCUUAACUACUUUUCUAGGGGAAAAUGCUUUUAAAUGCUGUAAUUAUGCAUUUCUAAUGAAAAAUAAAUGUGUAUUUAUGAAUAGUGCAGCUCUAAGUUGCUGUCUGCCUUAGGAAUGAAUACGCUUUAACUGGACUGUGCUGUAAGAGUGUAGUUCUGCAGUAUUUGAAGACAGACGCUAUCUGGCAAGCUCUGCUGUCACACUGAGAAGUAAGAUUAAGUCUAUAAGGAAGAUAUCAAUCUUAGAUCAUGUUAUUAUCUAAAUUUCCAGUGCAAGAAAAAUGUGAUAGUUAAGCUUUUGAGUCUGCAAACCCUACUUUAGACAAUGAAGUUAUGAAAUAUCUUUUUUGAAAUGUGAACAAUUCUUCUGAGCUCUCUCC